CUAGCUUCACGCUAUCUCGAGCUGCUGGAAGGACAGGGGAGAAAUGGCUGAUACCAUAGCUGACACAAGAAGGCUCUUCUCCAAGCCUCAGAACCUAAAUGACGCGUAUGGACCCCCGAGUAACUUCCUAGAGAUCGACGUGAUCAAGCCCGAGACCAUCGGGGUGGGCAGGGGCAAACACACCACGUAUGAAGUGAAACUGAAGACCAACCUACCCAUCUUUAAGCUGAAGGAGUCUCUUGUCCGGAGGCGAUACAGUGACUUCGAGUGGCUCAGAGCGGAGCUGGAGAGAGAGAGCAAGGUGGUCGUCCCUCCUCUCCCGGGAAAAGCUCUAUUCCGGCAGUUCCCGUUUCGAGGGGAUAAUGGGAUAUUUGAUGACCUCUUCAUUGAGGAGCGAAGACAGGGUUUGGAGCAGUUUCUCAACAAAGUGGCCGGUCACCCUUUAGCCCAGAACGAACGAUGCCUGCACAUGUUUCUACAGGACGAGACUUUGGACAAGACCUACACCCCAUCCAAAAUCAGACAAGCCUGAAAAGAAAAGAAAAAAACAAACAGAUGGCUCUGCUUGGCCUGGUCCGGCUCGACCCUGCUCGGCUCCGCCUGGCCCGACAACCCAAAGCUCUCUUCACUGCUCCAGGUUUCUCUCAGACAAUAAACAUUUCAAAGACAACUUCCCCUCCUCACGUCCCCCAAAAUAAUAUCGUUCACUGCCUCUUUUAGUCAAAUUAGUGACCCUGAUCGGUGUUUGUUUUCACUUUCUAAUUGGAGUCAAGAAUGUUCUACACAAUUACUGUGGUUCAAAGUAAUUUAUAGUAAUUUCUCUAUAUGUCUGGAAAUGCCACUCACAUGGAUAUAUUAUGUAUUUAUCAUUUAGCUAUGUCUUGAAUAUAUUCAUUUAUAUAGUAACAUUUGAAUAAGACUUCUAUGUAUGCAAUGCUCCUGUAAAGACCCACAUUUCCCAUCUUAUAUAUCCGAUACACCAUAGCUAGCAACUAAACACACACAUAUAUGUGAUGGGCCUUGACACUUUGUUGAUCCACCCUUCAAAAGGAAGCACGUGUAUGUGUGUGUGUGUGUAUCAACCAGCACCUGCCCAGUUAUCACAAGGAUUUUCUAGCAGGACAAAUUUAAUUUACACAGAGGGAACUGCAGUAUUUCUACGGGCUACAUGCAUUUUGAGAUUUGUAUACUGCUGUGCCAUUUUUCUUUAUUUUGAAGAUUUUCCAAUAAAACAGGUGAAAUAUC